AUGGAGCAGUGGCGGCAGUGCGGGCGCUGGCUCAUCGACUGCAAGGUCCUGCCGCCCAGCCACCGCGUCGUGUGGCCCUCGGCCGUGGUCUUCGACCUGGCGCAGGCGCUGCGCGACGGCGUCCUCCUGUGCCAGCUGCUGCACAACCUCUGCCCCGGCUCCAUCGACCUCAAGGACAUCAACUUCCGGCCGCAGAUGUCCCAGUUCCUGUGUCUGAAGAAUAUACGCACCUUCCUUAAAGUCUGCCACGAUAAAUUUGGAUUAAGAAACAGCGAGCUGUUCGACCCCUUUGACCUCUUCGAUGUCCGGGACUUUGGAAAGGUCAUCUCCGCGGUGUCGAGACUCUCCCUGCACAGCAUCGCUCAGAACAAAGGGAUCAGGCCUUUUCCCUCAGAGGAGACCGCAGAAAAUGACGAUGACGUCUACCGCAGCCUGGAGGAGCUGGCUGACGAGCAUGACCUGGGGGAGGACAUCUACGACUGCGUCCCGUGUGAGGAUGAAGGGGACGACAUCUAUGAGGACAUCAUCAAAGUGGAGGUGCAGCAGCCCAUGAAGAUGGGCAUGACAGAGGACGACAAGCGGAACUGCUGCCUGCUGGAGAUUCAGGAGACUGAGGCCAAGUACUACCGGACCCUGGAGGACAUUGAGAAGAGCUACAUGGGCCCCCUGCGGCUGGUGCUGAGUCCGGCGGACAUGGCAGCUGUCUUCAUCAACCUGGAGGACCUGAUUAAGGUGCAUCACAGCUUCCUGAGGGCCAUUGACGUGUCCAUGAUGGCGGGGGGCAGCACUUUGGCCAAGGUCUUCCUUGAUUUCAAGGAAAGGCUCCUGAUCUACGGAGAGUACUGCAGCCACAUGGAGCAUGCCCAGAACACACUGAACCAGCUCCUUGCCAGCCGGGAGGACUUCAGGCAGAAAGUCGAGGAGUGCACGCUGAAGGUCCAGGAUGGGAAGUUUAAGCUGCAGGACCUGCUGGUCGUGCCCAUGCAGAGGGUGCUCAAAUACCAUCUGCUCUUGAAGGAACUUCUGAGCCAUUCUACUGACCGGCCUGAGAGGCAGCAGCUCAAGGAAGCACUGGAAGCCAUGCAGGACUUGGCAAUGUACAUAAAUGAAGUUAAACGGGACAAAGAGACCUUAAAGAAGAUCAGCGAAUUUCAGAGUUCUAUAGAGAACUUGCAGGUGAAACUGGAGGAGUUUGGGAGGCCAAAGAUUGAUGGGGAGCUGAAGGUCAGGUCCAUAGUCAACCACACCAAGCAGGACAGGUACUUGUUCCUGUUCGACAAGGUGGUCAUCGUCUGCAAGAGGAAGGGCUACAGCUAUGAGCUGAAGGAGAUCAUCGAGCUGCUCUUCCACAAGAUGACAGACGACCCCAUGAACACCAAGGACAUCAAGAAGUGGUCCUAUGGCUUCUACCUGAUUCACCUGCAAGGGAAGCAGGGCUUCCAGCUCUUCUGCAAGACGGAAGACAUGAAGCGAAAGUGGAUGGAGCAGUUCGAGAUGGCCAUGUCAAACAUCAAGCCGGACAAAGCCACUGCCAACCACCACAGCUUCCAGAUGCACACAUUUGGCAGGACCACCAACUGCCAGGCCUGCAAAAUGUUCCUCAGGGGCACCUUCUACCAGGGCUACCUGUGUACCAAGUGUGGUGUUGGGGCACACAAGGAGUGCCUGGAAGCAAUGCCUCCCUGCAAGAUCAGUUCGUCUGCAGACCCGGACACCUCCGGAGCGGGACCGGGUCCCAAGAUGGUGGCUGUGCAGAACUACCAUGGCAACCCGGCCCCUCCCGGAAAGCCUGUGCUGACCUUGCAGACGGGCGACGUGAUCGAGCUGCUGAGGGGAGAUCCUGAGUCUCAGUGGUGGGAGGGUCGGCUGGUGCAAACCAGGAAGUCGGGGUAUUUUCCUAGCUCAUCUGUGAAGCCCUGCCCUGUGGAUGGAAGGCCUCCCAUCAGCAGGCCUCCAUCCCGGGAGAUCGACUACACUGCCUACCCCUGGUUUGCAGGCAACAUGGAGCGGCAGCAGACAGACAACCUGCUCAAGUCCCACGCCAGCGGGACCUACCUCAUCAGGGAGCGGCCCGCCGAGGCCGAGCGCUUCGCCAUAAGCAUCAAGUUCAACGACGAGGUGAAACACAUCAAAGUGGUGGAGAAAGACAACUGGAUCCACAUCACGGAAGCAAAGAAGUUCGAAAGCCUUUUGGAGCUGGUGGAGUACUACCAGUGCCACUCGCUCAAGGAGAGCUUCAAGCAGCUGGACACCACGCUCAAGCACCCCUACAAGUCUCGGGAGCGUUCUGCCUGCAGGGCCUCCAGCCGAUCGCCAGCUUCCUGUGCUUCCUACAACUUUUCUUUUCUCAGUCCUCAGGGCCUCGGCUUUGCUGCUCAGGGCCCCUCCGCUCCCUUCUGGUCAGUGUUCACACCCCGGGUCAUCGGCACAGCUGUGGCCAGGUACAACUUUGCCGCCCGGGACAUGCGGGAGCUCUCGCUGCGGGAAGGCGACGUGGUGAGGAUCUACAGUCGCAUCGGCGGGGACCAGGGCUGGUGGAAGGGCGAGACAAACGGACGGAUUGGCUGGUUUCCUUCAACAUAUGUAGAAGAGGAAGGCAUCCAGUGAUGGCCAGAAUGUGGACAGGAUGCACAGUGAUGGCCAGAAUGUGGACAAGGACGCAUGGAUUUUCUUGGGAGAGUCGCUGCAGCUCUGAAGUCUGUCUCUAGCUCCUCCAUGAUUCAGAGGGGAAAUGUCCGCCAGCCUUCCAGUCUUCAACAGCCCGUAGGGAUGGGGAGUGUGUUCCAAAUCCUAAAUGCAAACUGUUUCAUCAUCAGUCUGCCCUCAGUGACCUGUCACUGGGUACACUUCUUGUACAUAGAGGAAAUCUGGGCCACCCCACCCAGAGUACUGAGGAGAGGGGGUGCCAGCAGCAUUGCCAGCCAGACUGUGGGUGAGAGCUGAGGCCAGAAGCUCAUUGCCUGCCACUGUUGGGCUGAGAUGGUGUUCAGGAGCCUAGGUUUAAACAGUGGAUGCCAACCCAGGGAGGGCUGGGGGCAGCAGAGGGGACCUUCCACAAGCCCUUUUGACUCAGCCCUGGACUCUGAGCUCACCUGUUUUUUCCUGCUGCUCCCAUAGGGAGGCUUCAGGCUUUGAGAGGCAGACAGGACCAGAGCCAGCUCUUUGCUGCGACACUGGCUUAGUCCUAGCUGGGCUUGGGUGCAGGAGAAGAGAGCAUUGCAGGGGGCCCUCUGCAGUCGCUCUGUCUCCCUGGGACUUUCCCUGACUUCCUCACCUCCUUGCACCGUGGGGCAUGCAGAGACCCCCAGGGCAGACUCCACCUCGGGAAAGUCCUUAGGAAUGAUGAAAUUGCUAGCCCCACUCCCUAGGCAAUGGUACUGUUAUUUGCCCUCACCCUGAGAGACCCUUGCCUGAAUCCUAGGAAUGUGUCUGCCCUGCCCUGCUGUAGGGUAGGUACAUCUUUUGUAAACCCUGAAACGGGCAGGGGAAAAACAGGGUUUUCCCCUCGCUAAGUCUGUGCUGCCCACAUUCCCCUCCAGAAGGAGGCCGCCCCCCUCUGGGUCUCCUGUGUCCUGCAAGGUGCUCUCUGAGGGUCUUCCCAGCCUUGGCACGUGAUGUUAGUUCUGGUCCUUGGCAGGUCUUCCUUCCAGGGGCUUCUGCAGCCCACACAUGGGCCUGUGGCCAGCCCAAAAUAAGUGCUCUUGGGGGUGGCUAUACCCCGCUACCUUCCUCCUCCUGAUGUCUCCUGACCUUUGAGCUCUGGUGGCUUUGGUCAGACCCUAGUUUCUCUACCCUGCUGUUGUGUGAGACCUCGUGGCAGUCUCUGUCCAAGCUCUGUGCCAAAGCUGCUGGUGAGACCUGGGCUUCCUGUGGCCCCUUUUGCCUUUGGUUAACUGCACAGCCCUGUGUGGGGAGGGGAACAGGUCCAGGCUGGGCGUUGGUGAGGCUGGUCCCUGCUGGGGGUGGAGGCUUGCUACCACAUUGCACCCUGGGGGGUUCCUUUCUGAGGCUGGCCUUGUAGCCUCCAGGCUGGCACACGUGCUGGUGUCCUGGGCAUGGGGAAAAUGCGGGGAGGGGUCAGGAAGAUGGGGAGCAGUAGGGGACAAGAAGAACAUCUGCAAAGCCUUGUGAAAUGUGGGGAAAUGGGGGGCCAGGGUGGCGAGGAGUUGGCCUCGAGAGCGCACACCUGACUGUGUGGGGUCAGGGGUCAGGGUGCACCGAGCACUUUGCACGGGACCCUCAACCCUGCCAGCCCAGCCUGAGCCCAGGAGGAGGGAAGCCAGCCAGCCCUGUCUGUGUUUACUGUUGUCAGAACGUUCUUGUGUUUUGGUUUGGGGUUCUUUGUUUUGUUGUGUUUUGUUUGGCUUGUUUGCUUUUUAAGGGGAAAAAAAUGUUUGUAAUUAUUUCAUCCAAAUCUCCCGUUAUAUAUCUGUGAAUAAUAAGGAAGAGAUUUUGUAAUAGCAGGAAAAUGAUGUAUAUUUUAGUUCAUUGCAAAACAAGUCAUCCUGAUAACGAAGGACACUGAGAAAAAUAA